CGUUUUAUGCAACGACCAACAAACCUCCAAACACGCCCUAGGAGUAGUUGGGAGUUGGGAAAUACUUAUCCGGAUCCGUAUCAACCCAAGAUCCGAACCCGAAUUUUAAAAUUCGAAGACUCGAUCUGGAGAAUCCGGACUCCAAAGCUUCCUAUUUGCUACCAGUUGGUAGUUUCAAGAAGCUAAUAUCAUUUGGAUUUUUCAAACAAAGUCAUCAGGCCAAAGACGAAGAAACUGCAACUUGUUUUUUGCGCCAAAAAGAAAAAAUGAGACCUAAUAUUGUUUCAGAGGCAGGACUGCAAACUAGAGUAGGGCAAUGGUGGGAUAAUAUACCAUUCUUUACUUCAGCUGUGGUGAUUGUUUGUGGGGUUAUUUACUUGGUUUGUCUUUUGGUUGGAUAUGACUCUUUUUACGAGAUAUGCUUCUUGCCAGAGGCUCUUGUAUCACAUCUUCAAGUUUACAGGAUUUACACCUCCAUUAUUUUCCAUGGUUCGCUGUUACAUGUUUUGUUCAACAUGUUGGCUUUGGUUCCUUUGGGCUCUGAACUGGAGAGAAUCAUGGGAUCUAUUCGAUUGUUAUACUUGAUAAUUUUGCUAGCAACAAGCAAUGCUAUAUUUCAUCUCAUUAUUGCAUUGGUGGUAGCCCAUAAUCCUUUCCACACAGAUCAGUAUCUCAUGAACGAGUGUGCCAUAGGCUUCUCUGGAAUCUUAUUUUCUAUGAUUGUCAUAGAGACAAGUCUGAGUGGAGUUCAAUCUAGGAGUGUGUUUGGUCUUUUUAAUGUACCAGCAAAAUGGUAUGCCUUUAUCUUAUUGGUAGCAUUCCAGCUGCUUAUGUCGAAUGUCUCAUUACUUGGACACCUCUGUGGCAUUUUGUCCGGCUUUGCAUAUACCUAUGGCUUAUUCAACUUCCUUAUACCUGGACCAUCCUUUUAUUCUGCCAUAGAGUCCUCAUCUUGGCUUGCCAGCUGCGUGAGGCGACCUAAAUUUAUUUUGUGCAGUGGUGGCAAUACUUCAGCCUACAUUCCCACUUUCUCGGGUCAAACUUCACCCUCCAGUGGAUUAUUUUCUGGAAACAUUUGGAGAAACUUGUCUUCAUGGAUGCCACAGAGGGAGACAGCUGCUCAGUCUACACAAGAUGAUGUCAGAUUUCCUGGGAGAGGGAGGACACUUGGUUCUGGUCAAAAUACUGUUGUAAAUUCUGAUUCAAACCUACAAGCUAGACUUUUGGAUAAUAGUAGCCCCAACAAUCCAUCAGAUAUUGCAGCAGCUGGGGCAGGGCAGAGGCUUUCAAAUGAAAGGCGGUCACCGGUGAAUAACGUUGUUGCAGCAGGUGCUGGAGGUCCUCCACUUGCUGAGAUGCAACAGGUUUCAAUUGCUUCUGAGGAACAGAUCCAGAAACUUGUAUCGAUGGGUUUUGAAAGGACACAAGUAGAAGUUGCAAUCGCAGCUGCUGAUGGGGAUCUUAACGUCGCUGUGGAAAUUCUUAUGAGCCAGCAGGACUGACCUGCAAAGAUGUAAUCUCUUAUCAACUUUUAAACAAGCAUCCCUCAAGCUCGAUUCAAGCGGCCUACUUCAUGCGCCUUCAUGUCCAUAUCGUAUUUGGUCUUGUGGGUACUGUAUAGCAUUUCUGACAGAAGCCAACAAAGCGAAGAAAGAAAUAUUAUGAACAGGAGCAAUUGUUCUGACUUCUUUCUGAAGCUUUCUUAACCUGAUUGAGCAAUACAUAACUGUUUACUGAAA